UGGCUGCGGUGAUUGGUAGGGGUGCAGUCUGCCUGGUACUGCAGCUGAUGUAACGGAAUAGGAAGACGUUUUAUGAUCGACCGCGGGAGCACAAUAAGACUGCAGUUUUGCUAGCUCUCGCCCCUGUCCUUUGCCUCUCGUUUUGUUGGUGAAGAUAUUACAGUGAUGUCUGCAUUCAACCUACUGCAUUUGGUGACAAAGAGCCAGCCAGGGUCCUUGCAAGCCUGUGGGCUGCCCUCAGGGUCACGUAGGGAUAAAAGGAGCUGUAAGGUGGUCUUUUCCCAAGAGGAACUAAGGAAGCGCCUGACACCCCUGCAGUACCAUGUCACUCAGGAGAAAGGGACGGAAAGUGCCUUUGAAGGAGAAUUUACACAUCACAAAGCCCCCGGCACAUAUAAGUGUGUCGUUUGUGGAACUCCUUUAUUCAAAUCAGAAACCAAAUUUGACUCCGGCUCAGGGUGGCCUUCCUUCUAUGACGUGAUCGGCUCUGAUGCGAUUACACUCACUGACGACUUCUCCUAUGGAAUGCAUAGGGUGGAAACAAGCUGUUCUCAGUGUGGUGCUCACCUCGGGCACAUCUUCGAAGACGGGCCCCGUCCGACCGGCAAAAGAUAUUGCAUAAAUUCGGCUUCGUUGUCCUUCGCGGCCGUGGAAGAGAACAUCGACAAAGAAAACGGCAGCGGCGACAGCCCUAUUCAGCCGGGCAAAACUGAGCUGUAAGAACAAGCAGAAGACCGAGCAGAUGUUCUUACCUCAUGGCUUAGUAGAAAAAAAAAAUUAAAUCACCUGCAAUCUUAUUACAUCAUUUAAAAAAAAUUAUAAGGGAAGUUUGUCACUAUUGAAGUUUUCUUUUUUUUUUCUUUCUUUGCUUAAAUGGUGGCUUCACUGCCAGUGUAUUUUGCUAUUGAUUAGACUCUUAGCCAUUUAUGAGAAACACAGAUUUUGUUGGGGGAGAUGGUUUUAUUGGAGAAACAGCACUGUUUGUUUUAACCUGAGACAUUUGCUCCUUUUAGGGAUUAGUUCUCCUUGCUUGGUGACAGGGGCCAUUUGGUCUGCAAAGUGUAAAAUCAGGUUCUCCUCCCCGUAGGCUGUGAGCUCCAUACGGGAUACCCAUCCAUCUUGUAUCUACCCCAGAGCUUAGUACAGUGCUUGUCCCCAAGUAAGUACUUGACAAAUAUCACCAUUAUGACUUAUAAUUAUGCUCAAAGUCAGCGCUGUUUGGGGAGGACAGAGCAAAGAGGAUGAACUCAUUCUGUCUGAGCAGGAGGUGGCCUUCGACAGCAGUGGAUCUGUUUUGAGCCGUAGUUGAUAAAGAUUUGGAGUGUCUGACCAAACCUCUGGGCUUUAUGGAAAGCUCGAGCUAAAGCAUUCAUGCUCUAAGGGAGUGUAUGUUUAAAGUCUUUCCUGAUGUUAAACGGCUACCAGAUCUGGGUGGGGGGAGGGAGAGCAGCAGUUUCUCCCAUUCAUGCCUUUAUUUUAUUUUAUUUUAUUCAGUUUCCACUGAGGAAAGAGGCAAUGACCUUGCAAAAUGUGGAGAUGCCUUUUGUUCGGGCUUCACCAGAAGAAGUAGACGCUCCCCCAAAUCUUCUCUUUUCCUUCCCUUCCCGCCUUCACCCAACACUAGCUGCAAAUGAGACUAACGUUUCUGGAAAUGUGAAAUGUCUAGAACUUUAAAGUCAGGCAGCCUGAAAAAAUGUGGAAGAGAAACGAAAGGGCCCCGGAUGCUGGGUAAAAAAAGUGACUCAGGCAGGGCACGUUUAGCCAUCUUGAAAAUGUCUCAGGAAAGAUACGUGGCCCCUCUCGGGUACAAAGGGUUCUGGGAAAUUAGGCGUCUCAAGCUCUUAGUCCCUUCCUUGCCCAUGAUCCUUUGGGGGUACAAGGGCAAACCCCUUAAACCACUCUGUGCCUCAGUUUCCCCAUCUGUAAAAUGGGAUUGUUCUAUUUGUAAAGAGCAUCACAACCCUCAGGACUUUGGCUCUAGCUUGCUGUUCCAUAGCAUUAGGAUUUUCCUUCCCAUAUGGUAAACUAAGCCUCCUGGGUCACAGGUGCAUGGAUGUGAAGUGGAGGAGAGGAGGGACUUGGUAUACUGACCUGGAAAUAGUUGGGCCUAGAACCCCGUCCCUCAGACCCGAUGAGAGGCAGUUUUAUUCUGAGGAGACACACCCAGCUGCUUCUGUAGAUCUCCUCGGGCUGUGGGUGGACAUCAUUGUGAGCAACGAGGCUGUCAUGGGUCUGGGGGAUGGGUAAACCGUACACCAGAGCCCCACUGGGCUCGGCAUAUUUCACUGGCCCAAUCUAGACUUAGCAGAAAGAUUCCGACGUGUGAUGGGCACUGCCACAUCAUCCUAGCCAGAAACCCUAGUUGGCAGCACCGUUCUCUUUUGACUCUAGACCGUAAGCUCCUUGUGGGCAGCGAACGCGUCUACUAACUCUGUUAUAUGGUACUCUCCCAAGCGCUUAGUACAGUGCUCUGUCCAUAGUAAGCGCUCAAUAAAUACUAUUGAUCGAUGGAUUGAAAUAAAGAAAAACUUAGACGCUCACAGAUAAAUCAGCAGGCAGCCUCCGGAUCACCAAAUCGAAGCGGAGAAGGAGAACGUGAGGCUUGGAAAUGAAAGAAACGAAUGAAGUUAAGAGAUGUGAUCAGGGGAGUGAGGCAACAUGGCAGGAUCCUUUCUGGUCAGAGCGAUCUUGCCGGGUUUAACAUUUCCCUGGAGAGGGACAGAGUUCUGGUCCUUGCUUUGUGUUUCAAGGAAAACCAGUUUUUCUCCCACCAACAUCAGCUUUAAGAAAAUGCAUCAAUAAGAAAGUGGGGGGCAUACAUGUGGUUUUGGAUUGCUUUCGGAUUGAAGUGUUAUCAAAUUUCAGUCUAUUUCUGUCUUAUGUUAAAGAACUAUAUUACUAGAACUUCAGUGAGCAAUAAUGUCAGCUGUCAUGCCCUAGAUUUAUUUUUGCAGGAUAUGGAGUGAAAUGAACUGAGUCAAUAUGGUGAGGUGUAGGUGACCUUUGGGAGUUACACCAUUUAACAGAGGAAAUUCAUUGUACUUUCUUUCUUGGCACUCUGAGGGUGGUGCAAGGUAAGACCAAUUUUCUUAUCGUGCAAGUUUGAAGACGCUGAAAUCUGGUGGUAUUAAAAAAUUGAAACUUAGAAGGCCAGCUUGCGGAUGUGACGGAAGGAUUUGAGAGAGCAGCACAUUGUUAUAUAUAUAUAGAUAUAUAUUUAUAUCGUACCUAUUGAAAGUACAUUUAUGUUUUUAAACUUUGCACUUCUUGGAUGCUUACAAAUACUAAAUGCAAAUGUAGCAAUAGAAAAUCUAUUUUCAAGAAGCCUCAUUUUACUGUUACACAAAUAUGAAGAGCCUAGCUUUAAAUCGCUGUUAGGAAAAAACCGAGACAGGGAUGCGAGUAUGAAAUAUGUCAUAAAUGGAAAGUUAUUUCCACCUUAAGUACUUUUGUAAUAACCUUUCCUCGAUUAAGUAUUUUUCAGAAAAGACACAAACUUUUCCAUGGGGAAACUUUUCAUAUCUAUUGUAUUUGACUGAAUAAACAAUAAAUUCCUUUAUAAAUUCA